GCUGGGACUUCCUGACAGCUCUUGGCUGCGUGGCGGAUCCUUCCCUCCACCUCCUCGGCGGGCUUUGGAGUUUGUUUGUGGAGUCGGAUCUCCCCGCCUAACCCGAAGGGCAGCGUCGGAGCCCUCUUUUCUUUAAUUCCUUACGAGGCUAGACCCGGCUUGGGCGGGCUUCGUACUGUCCGGGUGACCACUCCCUCCUGCCCGGGUAGCACCGGGUGGAGGAAAACUGGGGACUUGGGAAAGGGCGGGAGGGGGAGGGAAGAGCUGAGACGGCAAAGAAACCACAUCCGACAACAACUUACCCAGACCUGAUAAGCCUGGCUACCUGACACCUCGGGUGAGGUGGAGUUGCUGUCUUUCUGUCCCAAACAGGAGCCAACAGCUUGUAGGGACUUUUGCAAAAGGCCUGGGAACAUAUUUUCUCUCCUGAAGCUUUGGCUGGGUCCCAGAGCCUGCCCUGUUGAGAGUUUGGGGUGCCAAUGAUAUGGUGGAGUGCUGAGCGUUUGCGUGUACGAAUAUUCACUGGAUGUGGGAUGGUGGCUAUUGCUAAGUGUGUACCUAGGCAGGGAUCCUGAGACCACAGUGUCUAAUUGCUGUUUUUAAGGCCCCCUCGCUCCUCGUAGUGAUGCGGUUGGAAUACAGCCUUUUGCCUUGCACAUUCUAGGCGUGCACUUGGCUUUGAGCAGCAUUUCCAUCCCUUAGGGACUUGUUUGAUUUCUUCCCUACACACACCCAGAGCCUUCUCUCUCUGGCUUGGCUGCCCCUUGGUGGGUGUGCUCCCAUCUGCCCUCUCAGAGCGUGUUCCUUUGGGAAGGCAAGAACGGACUGGCUCAUUGAAAGCCUAGAGAAUGUUUCUGUAGCAGCCUCUGACUCUGCUGCUGCUGGGUGGGCACAGGUUGCUCCGACUGGAGGAGAGGGUCUCGGACUGUGGCUUCUGAUCCCUCUCACUUGUCAAGCCUUUCUUGUUUGCUCUGCGGUAUUUGAUUUCCCUGAUUCUAGCCCACAGGGGAUAUUGAGGCAGAGAAGCAGCCCUUAUGUCUGCAUGAGGCAGAAUAGGCUACCUGGUUGAGGAGGCCCUUAGGCCUUCUGUUUUGCUUUUGAGGCAGGGUCUUACUAUGUAGCCACGGAUGGCCUAGAACUCACAGAGAUCCACCUGCCUCUGCCUCCUGAAUGUUGGGGUAAAUGGGUGGGUACCACAACACUCUCCCUUCCUUAGUUCUUACCAAACUUUGUAGAUUCUCUUGGGAAACCUGUUUGGCAAGAGAAAAAUGACUUAGGAGUGUGGCUUGGCCACUAGGGGAAGGCAGCCACAGUUACCCUCCUGGGGUCAAGGCUUCUCUGUUCCUCCAGGCCUCUGAAAGAGCAACAUUGGGAGAGAAGGCACAAUGACCAGCUCCCCGUUCCUGGAUCCCUGGCCGUCCAAGGCUGUGUUUGUCCGUGAGCGCCUGGGUCUUGGCGAACGUCCCAAUGACUCCUAUUGCUACAACUCAGCCAAAAACAGCACUGUGCUCCAAGGGGUCACCUUUGGAGGCAUCCCCACUGUCCUGCUCUUAGAUGUCAGUUGCUUUCUGUUUCUAAUCCUGGUGUUUUCCAUCAUAAGGAGAAGAUUCUGGGAUUAUGGCCGCAUAGCCCUGGUAUCAGAAGCAGGCAGUGAGGCCAGGUUCCAGAGACUGUCCUCUUCCUCCUCAGGGCAACAAGACUUUGAAAACGAGCUGGGAUGCUGUCCUUGGCUGACGGCCAUCUUCCGCCUGCAUGACGACCAGAUCCUGGAGUGGUGCGGAGAGGACGCCAUCCACUACCUGUCUUUUCAGAGGCACAUCAUCUUCCUGCUGGUGGUGAUCAGCUUCUUGUCCCUGUGUGUCAUCUUGCCUGUCAACCUCUCGGGAGACUUGCUGGGUAAAGACCCUUACAGCUUUGGGAGGACAACGAUAGCUAACCUGCAGACUGACAAUGACCUCCUCUGGCUGCACACUGUCUUCAGCGUCAUCUACCUCUUCCUCACGGUGGGCUUCAUGUGGCAUCACACACGGUCCAUCAGAUACAAAGAGGAGAGUCUGGUGAGACAAACCUUGUUCAUCACAGGACUCCCCAGAGAAGCCAGAAAGGAGACUGUGGAGAGCCACUUCCGAGAUGCGUAUCCCACGUGUGAGGUGGUGGAUGUCCAGCUGUGCUACAGCGUGGCUAAGCUGAUCUACCUGUGCAAAGAGAGAAAGAAGACCGAGAAGAGCCUUACCUAUUACACAAACCUGCAGGCGAAGACAGGCCGACGGACCCUCAUCAACCCCAAGCCUUGUGGCCAGUUCUGCUGCUGUGAAGUUCAGGGUUGUGAGCGGGAAGAUGCUAUUUCUUACUACACUCGAAUGAAUGACAGCCUGCUGGAGAGGAUCACAGCCGAAGAGAGCCGGGUCCAGGACCAGCCCCUGGGAAUGGCCUUUGUCACCUUCCGUGAGAAGUCCAUGGCUACCUACAUACUGAAAGACUUCAAUGCCUGCAAGUGCCAGGGCCUUCGGUGCAAAGGGGAGCCCCAGCCAUCCUCCUAUAGCAGAGAGCUCUGUGUCUCCAAGUGGACGGUCACUUUUGCCUCCUAUCCUGAGGACAUCUGCUGGAAGAACCUCUCCAUCCAGGGCGUUCGCUGGUGGCUCCAGUGGCUGGGUAUCAACUUCUCUCUGUUUGUGGUGCUGUUUUUCCUGACCACGCCCUCCAUCAUUAUGUCUACCAUGGACAAGUUCAAUGUUACCAAACCCAUCCACGCACUGAAUAACCCCGUCAUCAGCCAGUUCUUCCCCACACUCCUGCUGUGGUCCUUCUCUGCGCUGCUUCCGUCCAUUGUCUACUACUCCACGCUGCUGGAGUCCCACUGGACAAGGUCAGGGGAAAACCGGAUCAUGGUGUCGAAGGUCUACAUAUUUUUGAUCUUCAUGGUGCUGAUCCUGCCCUCCCUCGGUCUCACCAGCUUGGAUUUCUUCUUCCGGUGGCUCUUUGACAAAACUUCCUCGGAAACCUCAAUCAGGCUAGAGUGUGUCUUCCUGCCAGACCAGGGUGCCUUCUUUGUGAACUACGUCAUCGCCUCAGCCUUCAUCGGCAGUGGCAUGGAGCUGUUGCGCCUGCCCGGCCUCAUCCUCUAUACCUUCCGCAUGAUCAUGGCCAAGACGGCCGCUGACCGCAGGAAUGUUAAGCAGAACCAGGCUUUUGAAUACGAGUUUGGAGCCAUGUAUGCGUGGAUGCUGUGUGUCUUCACCGUCAUCAUGGCUUACAGCAUCACCUGCCCCAUUAUCGUGCCCUUUGGCCUCAUCUACAUCCUGCUUAAGCACAUGGUGGACCGGCAUAACCUCUACUUCGCUUACCUCCCGGCUAAACUGGAGAAGAGGAUCCACUUCGCCGCCGUGAACCAGGCCCUGGCCGCCCCCAUCCUCUGCCUCUUCUGGCUCUUCUUUUUCUCCUUCCUCCGUCUGGGUCUGACGGCCCCGGCCACGCUCUUCACCUUCCUGGUUGUUCUGCUCACCAUCCUGGCCUGCCUGCUGUACACCUGCUUUGGAUGCUUCAAGCACCUCAGCCCAUGGAACUACAAGACAGAAGAAUCAGCUAGUGACAAAGGAAGCGAAGCCGAGGCCCACGUGCCCCCGCCAUUCACACCCUAUGUGCCUCGGAUUCUGAACGGUUUGGCCUCAGAGAGGACAGCGUUAUCCCCACAGCAGCAGCAGACCUACGGUGCCAUCCGUAACAUCAGUGGGACUCUUCCUGGGCAGCCCGUGGCUCAAGAUCCUAGUGGCACUGCGGCUUAUGCCUACCAGGAAUCCUGAGAGUGGACAAGCUGGUCUGGCAGGCUGGGAGCAUCUAGGAAUACCGAGGGACACAAGGGGCUAGAGCCCCAGACAGGCUCUUGAGGGUUUUGCUGCUUAAAACCCCCGUAUUGUGAGAAGAGGAAACCAGCGGGUCGUGGGGCUCUGGGUAACCGGGCUGAGGGUAUCCAUCCGGUGGGGCUGCUGUCCCUGGGAGCCAUCUGUAAGGUUUCUUUUCUGGUCCCAGUGUGGGGAACAUUUACAGCUCCCUCUUGUGGUCAUCUGAGGAUAUGCACUUUUAUUCCCCCAUACACUGCUCAGGAUGCUCUCUGUAGUGAGCAUGGUGUAUGUCCCUAGUGGUUUGUGGCCAAGAUCAUGUGUUGGGCUUUUGCCUUUAGGGAGAUCAUAUUUGGGGACUUCUGGUUGAUGGGGAGAUGCGUCCAGGAAAGACUUAGUCCCUCUGAGCCCUGGAACACUGCUUAGCCUUCUGCAAGCUGAUGAAUAGCGCAUCAGUUGGGUCUGAGAUGGAGGCCAUGUGGGGCCCUACAGUACUGUCCUGCCUGCAGUCCCUUUUCAGGGAUCCAUGGAUUAGCUGUAGGGACCGGGGAAUACCUUGUUCUUGUUGAUGGCAGCAGGGCAGCAGGCUCAUGCCCACUGGUUUGUAGCUGCCUCCUGCUGUGUUUCCGGGUUUUUGUAUCAUGUUGCCUGAAUCUGGGCUGUGACUGGGUAACCCCACAGCAGGUGGGGACAUGAGAACCAUUAAUAAAGUACCCACUGGGCUGGUGGUGAG